AUUCGAACCGUCCAGAGCUCAGGAUGACGUACCCUGACAACCAAACCGCUAUCAUCCAGUCCAGAGAACCCCCUAGGGACUCCGGUUUACCAUUUAUCGUGACUCAUGACCGGCCUCUACCACAGUUGAGCGAACCUUUUGAAGUUCUUGUGCGGGUUCUAACUGUGGCUCUCAAUCCUGCCGAUUACCUUUUCCAAAAACAUGACUAUAUCGAAGGCAAUGGGGUUGGUUACGAAUUCUGUGGCAUCGUUCAAGAAGCUGGCUCCCAAUCGAUACACGCUGUAGGCACCCGAGUCACCGGAUCAGGUAAUCUGCCGUACUGCCAGGUCAACCGUGUCACAGGUGCUUUUGCUGAGUACAUGGUGGCCAAUUCUCGCUUCAUACUUGGUGUUCCAGACUCUAUGGGAAGUGUACAAGCUGCUGCCCUCAGUGCUAGUUGGUGGGCUCCUGUUCUGGCCAUGUCUGAUCCAGACGCACUAAACCUUCCGGCUUUACCGUCAAAGCCAUCCGAGCAACCCAAUAUUGUUUUAGUUUACGGCGGUGGCACCUCUUCGGGAGUUAUGGCUAUCCAGGUGCUGAAACUCUCAGGAUAUGCUCCUCUUGUAGUCUGCUCCGAUAAGUCGGCGUCGCGAGCCAUAAGACUCGGGGCCGUUGGCACGGUCUCAUAUACAUCUCCAACCUGUUCUGAAAAUAUCAAGAAACUCGCAGGUGGUAGAUCCAUAAAGUACGCUCUCGAUUGCAUCACUAGUGCUGAGUCAUUCGCAACUUGCAUGGAUUGCUUAGAUCGCGUGGGUAGUCGCUAUGCUUGUCUUGAACCCUUUCCAGAUUGCUGGAUCACUCGUCGCGCCGUUAAGUAUAAGGUCGUUAUGUGCUAUGGGGUCCAAGGUUAUGACAUCGAAAUGAGAGAUCCCGCAUGGUCACGCAAAUAUAGUCCGCUUCUGUCUGAGAUACUAGCCCGAUGGACACGGGAGAUGCAAAAUCUCCUAGAUUGUGAGAAGAUCGUGACAAAGCCAACUUGGGAGAUACCAGGACGUUUUGAAGGCAUUAUAACGGCAUUAGAGUUGAUGAAGGAUGGUGAACUUGAUAAGUAUAGAGUGGUUGUGACCAUCUCGCCCUAACUAAUUUGCUGGGGGCGUUUCGAUAUAAGAGGGAGGCAGAAGAGAUCUUCUGGUGUUAGUAGAUAGGAACGUCCUAGGAUAGA